AAGCAUUUUUAAGUACUAGUUACUAUUAUUCAGAUAAGUAUACAUAAGUUGCAUCUGAAAGUUAGUAAUUUAAGUUUUCUGAGACUAGGGAAAUGUUGCUCAAUCCCAUGAAUUUUUUUUUUUUAUCAGUUGCCUAAGGAUCUUUGGGAUUGGAUUCUUUCUGGCAUUACUGAUGUUGGUGAGGUGCCUUUUUGAUGAAUGGGUAUGGACCAUUGAAGCUGAUUGCAUGUUCUAGUUUCCUGUUUGUUUUGUUUAUCUGAAAUGGAGUGGAGUCGUGGAGAAUUGUCAGGAUCGUCUGCUCACAGUAGGUAGCUUCAGUAACAGGGUAGAGACACUCAUGGAGCAAAUUUCAAUUCGCACAUAUUUGUUUUUUUCUUUUCUUUUCUUUUUUUUUGACUAAUUUGGUUAUUUGCCAUUUCUGGGGAUUAAACUUUAAAAAAUGUUCUUCUUUUCUGUAUCUGAUGUUCUGUGUGCUAUUAGUGACGCAGCCAACACGAACGGUUGUCAUGUGUAACACAACUUUCGAUCACCGCGAAAACAGCGUCCUGGGAAAGCGUCCAUGCUUGAUAUCGUUUGGUUCAUGAACAUUAAGUUUCCAGUACAGGUAAAAUCCCAGAGGAAGCCAAAGCCCUUUCUUUACUGGCUCCUGCUCCAACCAUGACAAGCCUGGUGCCUGGUGCAGGAUUGCUUCCCAUCCCGACCUCCAGCCCUCUGACGGCAGUGAGUAGUCUUGGUGUUUCACUUAGCAGUUUGGGAGCCAUACCGGCAGCAGCACUGGACCCCAGUAUUACAGCACUUGGAGAGAUCCCACAGCCACCACUUAUGGGAAAUGUGGAUCCUUCCAAAAUUGAUGAAAUUAGGAGAACAGUCUAUGUUGGAAAUUUGAAUUCACAGACAACAACAGCUGAUCAACUACUUGAAUUUUUUAAACAAGUUGGAGAAGUGAAGUUUGUUCGGAUGGCAGGUGAUGAGACACAGCCAACUCGGUUUGCUUUUGUGGAAUUUGCAGACCAAAAUUCUGUACCAAGGGCCCUUGCUUUUAAUGGAGUUAUGUUUGGAGACAGGCCACUGAAAAUAAAUCACUCCAACAAUGCAAUAGUAAAACCUCCUGAGAUGACACCUCAGGCUGCAGCUAAGGAGUUAGAAGAAGUAAUGAAGCGAGUACGGGAAGCUCAGUCAUUUAUCUCAGCAGCUAUUGAACCAGAGUCUGGAAAGAGCAAUGAAAGGAAAGGCGGUCGAUCUCGUUCCCACACUCGCUCAAAGUCCAGGUCUAGCUCAAAAUCCCAUUCUAGAAGGAAGAGAUCACAGUCAAAGCACAGGAGUAGAUCUCAUAACAGGUCACGUUCAAGACAGAAAGAUAGACGUAGAUCCAAGAGUCCACAUAAAAAGCGCUCGAAGUCUAGGGAGAGACGGAAGUCAAGGAGUCGUUCACGUUCACGGGACAAGAGAAAAGAUACCCGAGAAAAGGUGAAGGAAAAAGACAGAGUGAAGGAGAGAGAGAAGGAAAAGGAGAAAGAGAAGGAGAGAGAAAGGGAAAAGGAUCGUGAAAAAGACAAGGAACGGGUUAAAAACAAAGAUAAAGACCGAGAGAAGGAAAAGGACCAGGAAAAGGAACGGGACAAAGACAAGGAACAAGACAGAGACAAGGAGCGGGAAAAAGACAAAUCCAAAGAGGCAGAUGAGAAACGGAAGAAGGAUAAGAAGUCCAGAACUCCACCCAGAAGUUACAAUGCAUCAAGAAGAUCUCGUAGUACCAGCAGGGAAAGGCGGCGACGGAGGAGCAGGAGUUCUUCCCGAUCUCCAAGAACAUCAAAGACCAUAAAGAGAAAGUCUUCUAGGUCUCCAUCUCCCAGGGGCCGAAAUAAGAAAGAUAAAAAGAGAGAGAAAGAACGGGACCACAUCAGUGACAGGAGAGAAAGAGAGCGUUCCACGUCUACAAAAAAGAGUUCUAAUGACCGAGAUGGGAAGGAGAAGGUGGAGAAGACCAACACACCGGUUAAGAAGGAACACAGUAAAGAGACAGAUUUAAGUGUGAGCAAAGAUGCCGACGAGAAGGAAUCCCCAAGGACCGAGGAGGAAAACAAAGUACAGCAGAAUGGGAAUUGCCAACCAAAUGAAGAGAACAAAACCGACGUGGCGUAGGACUGCCCACUGCAUCUCUCCCUCCACAGUGGGAGCAAACCCAAAGCUUUCAGUGUGCAGCAAGGUGUAAACGGGGACGAAACCCACAUAUGGGAACUAGCAGCUCUUCUGGCUAUGAGGUGUCAUUGCAGACAUCUUGUUACUGAGCAUGCACAUCAUGGGAAUAAUCAGAUGUUAGCUGAGUGCACCGUCCUCUGAAGUCUGCAUUUCUGUGCUGGCUGGCACACUUGUCAUGUGGUUCAUUAGUGUUUGCCAAGAAGCAUUGCAAAUCAAUUGAAUAUCAGAGGUCCAGAGUUGAACUAUCCCUUAAGACUGGAGAUGAACAUUGGAGGCUCCUAAAGAAAAUGCUAGUUAUUGAAUUUUGUAUUGUUUUACUUUUUUAAAAAAAAUUUUCAAUAUAUACAGUUUGAUGAUGUGCUUGAAAUUUGUGCAAAUAUAUAUACACACUCUUGUAAGUAAAGUGCAAAAUAUGUAAGGAGUUUUAACAUUUACUUCACAGGACUUAACAGUGAUUGUGGUAAAUUCUCACUAUUGUGUUUUCUUUUGCUCACUGUUUUGGACGUCAGUUUUUCUUUAAAACAGUUUUAUAGAUUAAAAUUGCUUAAAUAAGUGGAUUAAAAACCAACUGACAAUGCAUGCUACUGUUCUCUUUGAGAAGAAGAGCAGCUAUGUCGAAUACUAAUAACAAUGUGUAAGUAUUUGGUGUUAAGAACCAUUGGGUCUGCCACAAAAUGAGCGUUUCUUCUUGAACUUUCUUGACAUUUCCAAGCUCAUGAAUAAUACUGCAGUGUGACUUGUCAACUGCAGGCGGCAAGAUGCCCUUAUAAAAAGGAGACUGAGUUUUCAAAAUGGGCUAUGGGAGCACAAGCUGAAGCUCUAGUGCCUUCUGCAAUGUGUGGUGUACUGCUUUCUGGGAUUUUAUAUGUACUAGUCACGCUCAAUUCGUAUGGAGUCUAGAUGGCUGUAUUCUGUUCACAACUAUUGGGAAGUGUGCGAGGGCUGUGUCAGAAGCUUUUUAAUUGAGUUAAGAGAAGGAAGUCCUGUUUAUAAGACUUGUGAAGUUUCAAACAACAGCGUAGUUUUGGGACCACCAGUUUCUACUGUGAUGAUUGAAAAGGAAAUACUUCAAAUCAGAGGGAACUUAUUAGUUGACUUAAUUGGAUGGCCUUAAUAUUACCUCGCAAUCAUUUUCUUCUAAUGAUACAGAAAUUAUACUUAAAGGAAGACAUAUUGUUCAGCAAUAUGCUUAUGCGAGUUUAAGAUACACGGUCAUCCACCAAUCUUAGACUCAACUUUUCAUAGACGGUAUGGUAUGCAAGUAGUAAAAUGAAAACUGCUCAUGUUUUCUGCAAAACUAUAAAUUCUAGUUAGUGCACUAUUUAUUCUUACAUUUUCAAAAAAACAGAAACACUUCAUUCAUAAAUCUUAUUUUAAAAUCAAUUUUAAUUUUAUUUAAUACAACCUAAACAAUCAAAUUACUCAGUUGCCUUACCUCAUGGGAAGGGUUACUGUCAAAGAUUUAAAAAGUCAAGUAGUACUUUAGUUGCUUGGUUCCAACUUGAGUCUUGUUUUCAUGUUAAUACUGUUGAAACUAUAAUUUGAAGAAUAGAAAAGCCCUUUCUGCAAGUCAUAAAGCCUGGUUCGAUUAUGAAGCUGCUUAAUCAUCUUCAGGUGUUCAGAUUACUGUGUGUAUGUGUGUGUUUUCUUUUCUGUCACUGUGUACAUUAAACUUUUUUGGAAAAUGCUUUACUAUGUAAAGUAUAAAUGGCCAUUUUAAUCGUUUAGCCACAUCCAGUUGGCUAGUAACAGCUUACUCUGAUGGAGCAAUGCUUGGGCAGCUGUGGAAAGAUUGUGAAGGAGUGUGUCUCGCUUCAACCGCUGUCUUAUUUAUGACAUGUAAGUAGACUAGAGCAAAUGUUUGAAUCUUUGCUAUUUUUAGGACCAUUUCGCUAAUAAAGUUCAGUAUUUUAGAGGAAAGAGUCUUCAGUUUCAUCCUGCUCUUGUUUUGCAUGGCACACAAAGGGUUGUGACAUGGCCAGAGCAGCCUUGUGCACUGUCUAAAACAGCCCUUUAAAUUAAGUCGAGGUGUUUUCCUGUCCUCUGCACUGUUCAAACGUUUUCAUGGUGGAAGGUAGCAUUAUUCUACCACUGAUUACUUUUUAUGUAGGUAUUUAUUUUACUCAAGUAAUCAUUAACGUAGAAGAGGUUUACAAAUUCAGAAUAAGUAGGGUUACAAGAGAAAGUAAAGUAAGUCAGAGGCUCUGGGAUUGUGUGUGUGUGUGUGUGUGUGUGUGUGAGAGAGAGAGGGGGGGGGGAGGAGGCAUGCAGGGAGGCAACCACAUGUUCUUUUUUUAUUCACUUGCUAUUUUCUAUUAAGGUAUUUUAGUUCUUUCAAGAAUAUUGUCAACCAUGUUGUGGUGGUGCAUGCCUUUAAUCCCAGCACUCUGGAGGCAGAUGCAGGUGGAUCUCUGAGUUCGAGGCCAGCCUGGUCAACAGAGUGAGUUCCAGGACAGCCAGGGCUGCACAGAGAAACCCUGCCUCAAAAAACAAACAAAUAUUGUCAGUCAAGAUACUGUCAGAAAAACCUGAGGUGUAAGGUAAGAGAAGCCUCUCCCUCUGACAGCAAGUUUGGUGCUUCUCCUCUCUCUGGACCGGAUCUGAUACUGUGAUGUCUUCAUGUGCGCACUGACCUGGUGGCUUUACAGGUAGACCGCAACAGGUCCUUAACUUCUUUGACUAUUGCCGUAAUUGCCGUUUAAUCUAGUUAAUUUAGGCAGAAAAACACUAUUCAGCCAGUAAUCUCCCAUGUUUAGAAUUCUUUUCUGGACAGAUUUAGUGUUUUUUAUGUAUUUAACUUUAUGUUAGAAGCUUAAAUUUUGGUAUACUCAGUUACAAAUAAAAACCAAUGUUUAUAAUCAAGAUGUUUAUUAUUUUUUUUGGCAGGGGGGCAAGAAAAGUUUCUCUUAGGAUACUAAUUCCUUUGUGUUGCUUUUAUUUUCAGAUUUUUAAAAAGACCCAACUUUUUAUCUACACCUGUCUUAACCUAUAAGAAUAUUUAACUUCAAGGGUUAUGGAGCUCACUAGUAGGCUUUAAAAUAUUUCCCAUUUAUAGUGCAUUACAGAUGGAGUAUGAUUUCAUUUCAUGUUAGUUGAGUUAGCAGCUAGCAUUAGUCUUUUGGAGGGAUGCAUUGGGUAAGGGAAUAUCUGAGCGUCAUUGGAAAGAGGGUUCAACUGAGUGGAUUAUGACCGGGAAAUGCAGUGACUGUUCAUUAUAUAUUUAUAUGUUUUCCCGCCAAGAUGUUUUCUCAUGUUUACUUACUAAUAGUCCAAUUAUUUUUAAAUUCCAGGUUUAGUGCUCUUCAAAAAGCUUCAUCCUAUUUCUGAAAAUAGGAGUCUACUAUAAAUGUAACAAAAUAAAACUUGUUUCCUACUUAAUUUGUAAGUCA